CAAACCCCUAGUACCAUACUCAUACAGUAAAGUUAAGGGGCUCUCAGGAACUGCUUGAUCAAGCAAGGAGACAAAUACGGAUAUCGAUACCUAUCGCUCCACAACCUAUCCGGCUGACGACUCGUUCCUUCACCGUGGGCUUCGACAACCCAAGGCCGCCGGGCCAGCCAGUACAAUGGCCAACUUCCGCAGGUUCCGGCCCGACGACCUGCACAAGCUCUCGAAAUGCAAUUUAGAUCCGUUCACCGAGACAUAUGAGCUGGGGUUCUACCUGCAGUACUACGCGAAGUGGCCAUCACUGUUCCAGGUCGCCGAGGACCAGCAUGGCAACAUCAUUGGAUACAUCAUGGGCAAGCUCGAGUCCUCGCCCGACGUGUACCGCUUCUCGGAGCACUACCUGCCGUGGCACGCCCACAUCACCGCCGUCACGGUGGCCCCCGAGGCCCGCCGCCUCGGCAUCGGCAGGCUGCUGACGGAGCAGCUCGAGGUCGCCGCCGACGCGAACAAUGCCUGGUUCGUCGACCUGUUCGUGCGCGUCAGCAACCACAAGGCCAUCGCCUUCUACAAGAGCAUGGGGUACAGCGUCUUCCGGGUCGUGAAGGACUACUACGGCGACCAUUCGAGCGAUCCGACGCUGUCGAGCGAGGACGCGUACGACAUGCGCAAGCCCAUGAAGAGGGACGUCAACAGGGAGCAUGUCAGGGAGGACGGUGAGAAGUACGAGGUCGAUCCCUCUGACGUGUGGUAGAGGCUUGCGAAGGAUGUGUGCUUGAGACGACGGAUCUGGGCGUCAUCCGUAUCACGAUACGGCUUCGCCUAUGAGGCCCGACGCGUCGCCCUAAACCUGGGUUCUUCGUACCGAGGAGGUGCUCGACACUCUGGCUACUUCUGGCCGGCGACGAUGCCUUAGUGACGCUUGUCUACAGGCCACAGAGCCCCGUGGUGCCUCCUCGGGCGCACCUAGGCAGGACUCGGUACUCCUCAACUCGCAUUCGCAGCACCCGGAGCAGUUCCACUCGGCAACGGCUAAACUCUUGUGCCCAGC